GCAGUGGUUGGUGGGUUGGGCGGGCGAACUGCGUUGGUGGCUGCAGGUCCCGUUCAGGGGAAAGCAGAGGCCAGGCCCUUUUGCUCGAGUCGGGAGAGGGGAUCAGCACAACAAACCCAGUCCUCGGCCGGUUUCUGCAGCAAAGAGAGAAAGGCGAGACAAGAAGGAAAGAAAACGGCAGUUAUAGAAAUUAUUUUUUGUAAGAAAUUGGAAAUUGGCCGAAAACAGCGAGACAAGAGACGACAAAAAACCAGACCAGAUCAGCAGUACACCAUGUGUGGUUGCAAUUAAAGUGCCCCCCAGGGCCCAUCAACCAGGGGCAGCGUGCGUCCUCAUCAAAAAGUCGAAGAAAAAAGCCUGCACGCAAUCUCACACCACCUAUGUGGCUCUGCUGCGGCCUCUGUGGUCUUCCCCGGGCCAAUCACUACCCCGGUUGCUUCUUUGGGCUGCUGGGCCUUGCUGCUGCUUCUUCUUCUUCUUCUUCCUCUGCCCUCUUUUCCUGUCUUGCUAACCCAAAUCCAGCGAAGCGUCUUUUGGUUUCUCUUUUUUCCUCUUCCCCGGAUCUCGCUACUUUCCUUUCCUCCUUCUCUUCUUCUGUUCCUCUUUUUUCGACUCUUGUACCAUCUUUGUAUUUACGCUCUUACCUCCAGUCUCUCUUUACCAACAACACUCACACCCACCACCCACACGCUCUCUACUGCUCUGUUUGCUGCUAAAGAAACGCUCACCUACCUACAACAACAACCUUUGUUCAAAAGACUCUCUCCGCGUACAUAUAACAAAAGCCCUUUACCGAAACCAUGGGCAUCAACCUUCUCGAACGCAUCCAAGCCAAGCUCGAGGUCUUCCGCCUCGAACAGCGCUACACCCGCCGCCGCAAUCGCCGGUCGACCUUUGUCUCCAACGCGAUCUACGUUGACGGCGAAUACGUCUACCAGACGCCCAACAGCACCGGCUCCUCGGCAGACUCGAGCUCUGUCCGCGUCGACGCCCUCCACGGCGAGCAGAUGAACCUCAGCCACUCCCACAGAAACCUCCCCACCCUCGCCCCCAUGAUGGAGGACGGCUCCUACUCGCCUUCGUCCUCGGCUCCCUCGCCAACAGAGCGCAAGAGACUCAACCGCUUCAGCUCUAUCCCGUCCUUUGGCUCUGCCUUUAACAAGGAGAGACCAGAGGCGUCUCGCCGAACCAGCACCUACCAGUGGUAAUGGCCCCAGCGACGACACACACAACAACAAAACAAAACAGGGCUGUUGUGUGCUGCAGGCGUCAUAGAUAUUAGACCCUGCACAUACACAGCCCUAGGGCGUUUGAGCGUACAUGACUUAUCCUGUCUGUGGGUUUUCUUUGGCACUUUUUGGUUUUCUUCGGUACUUGUUUUUUUGGUCUUGUGGGAAUACAUCUUUACUACACACCGUCACAUUCACUUCCUUCUUACAUGCUCUGAGAGCUCCUCUCGACUGUUUGCUUCCGGCCUGGUAUAUUCUUAACUCUUCCGGUUUGCCAAACAUGUCAACUCGUUUAUGACAAGCAGCACUACAAUCGCUCACCCAUUUUCCUUGCCCAGUUACUGUUUAGACUCUUUUUCUUUGAGGGCUUCAUGAUUGUGCCCUUACUAUUCUUCCUGUUACUUACUUCUAUUUGACGACGAUCAAUAAACUUUUUUUUUUGCCCUGGCAGCUACUUUGAC